CCAAAUCGAAAACAAAAGUUAGGGACUUUUUUCAUAUAACCGAAAGAGAUCAAUCAAAGUAACACCUCGCCGUCUUCUCUCUCCUCUGCAACAGACAAAUAUCACAAAUCUCUCUCUCUCUAACAAUUAGGACAAAGGUUUCUUCUUCUCUCCUGAGAGGCCUCGCUGAGAAUCUUCAAUCACCUUGGUUUUGUAAUUCCAUAACAGUCAACAAUGGUUGAGCGUGGGAAGAGGACUCAUAAUCGUUCUAGAGACAAUAACAAUGACAACAAUAGGAACCAAAAGAGAAGACUUUCUUACGAAACCGAAGAAAAGACCGAUAACAAAGACGAUCUUGUUGUUGUUUACAGAAUCUUAUGCCCUAGUGGAGUCAUGGGAAGUGUUAUAGGCAAAAGUGGCAAAGUUAUUAACUUGAUUAGGCAAGAAACUAGAGCUAGAAUCAAAGUUGUUGAUCCUUUUCCAGGUUGUAGCGAAAGAGUCAUAACGAUCUUUUGCUCGGUUACGGAGAAGAAAGACAUUAUCGACAUUGAGCAUAGCGAAUUGAAUUACUCAAUUCCUUUGUGUUCUGCUCAAGAUGCUCUUCUUAAAGUCCAUGAUGCUAUUGUGGCUUCUUUAGCUACUGCUGCUGAGAACACUAAGAUUGAUAGAGAUGAUAUUAGAGAAUGUCGCCUUUUAGUUCCGUCUAGUCAAUGUUCUAAUGUCAUUGGUAAAUCCGGUUCUAUUAUUAAGAAGAUUAGGAGUAGAACUAGAGCUAACGUUAAGGUUGUCUCUAAAGAUGUUUCGGAUCCUUCACACACUUGUGCUAUGGAUUUUGACAACAUCGUUUUGAUAUCUGGUGAGUCUGAAUCUGUGAAGAAGGCACUUUUCGCUGUUUCUGCAAUCAUGUACAAAGUCAGUCCUCGAGAACAGAUUCCUCUGGAUACAACUGUCCAAGAAGUUCCCGCUAGUAUUAUAAUUCCGUCAGAUCUAUCUAUCUAUCCACAAGGCGGUUUAUACCCAAAUCAGGAUCCUAUUUUCCAACAUGGGGCCAAUGUUUCAUCGUUUAUCGGUACAUUGCCUCAGGGUUAUGGAGAAAGCGCUGCAAAUCCAAUGCCGGUUUUUUCUGCUUCUGCUCUUCCUGUGGUUCAUGGUUUUGGUGGGUCUUCCAAAUCAGAAAAGUUGGUUAUAAAAGUUAUUUGCUCUUCUUCCAAAAUCGGCCGUGUUAUCGGGAAAGGAGGAUCAACCAUUAAGGGAAUAAGACAAGCAAGCGGGUCUCACAUCGAGGUUAAUGACUCGAGGGCAAAUCAUGAUGAUGACUGUGUUAUCACUGUCACUGCUACAGAGUCUCCUGAUGAUUUGAAGUCUAUGGCGGUUGAAGCUGUUCUUCUACUUCAAGAGAAAAUUAAUGAUGAAGACGAGGAAAAAGUUAAAAUGCAACUUCUUGUACCUUCUAAGGUAAUAGGAUGCAUUAUAGGGAAAAGUGGCUCAAUCAUAAGUGAAAUCAGGAAAAGGACGAAGGCCAAUAUUCACAUCUCAAAAGGGAAUAAUAAGCCUAAGUGUGCCGAUCCCAAUGAUGAGCUCGUUGAGAUAUCGGGUGAAGUAAGCGAUGUGAGAGAUGCUCUUAUUCAGAUAGUUCUGAGGCUUCGAGAUGAUGUAUUAAGGGAUAGAGAGAUUGGUUCCAGGAAUCAACCUCCUGCAAGAUCUGAGAAUAACAAUUUCUUCUCUUCGGGUAGCAGUAAUACUGGUCUUGCACUUCCUUCAUCUUUCAUGUCUUCUGUUCCGCAAGUUGCUUCUGUAGAUUUCGAUAGGAGACCAGAAACUGGGAGCAGCAUGAGCAUGCUUCCUUCGAGCGGUGGACUCUAUGGUUAUGGAAGUUUUCCGGUGGGCAAUAACAGUUAUGGAUCCAAGUCUUCUUACUCAUCCAAUCUAUAUGGAGGAUUGCCUCAAUCUACUACUAUGGAGGUUCGAAUCCCAGCUAAUGCAGUGGGUAAAGUUAUGGGCAGAGGAGGAGGCAACUUGGAUAACAUAAGAAGGAUAUCAGGAGCUAUGAUAGAAAUUUCUGAUUCCAAAAAUUCCCAUGGCGGUCGCAUUGCUCUCAUUUCCGGAACACCUGAACAAAAGCGUACCGCAGAGAACUUGUUCCAAGCUUUUAUCAUGUCCACUUGAAUAGUUUGCUCUGCCCCGUAAUCCUUUUCCAUGGAAGUGUGUUCCAUCUAUCUAGCUCUCAGUGGAUUUCUUUGAUCGGGUUUCUCAGGCUUUCCUCCUUCCAUCAAGCUCAUGUUUACAUAUGGUUGGAUAUCUCAUCAAACUUUUCGGUAUCUCCGUCUCGAUUCGGUUACUUUUGGUUUCUCGUUCUAGACAUUUUAUAGUCUUUCAGGAUCAUUCUUUUCCCCUUUCCCUGCGAGCUGUUCGUACAAUAACUACUUAUCUCCGUGCAAUAAAACAAAAUCGUUCUUAUAUCAAUCAAACUUUGUUUAUUCCCCAUAUAUGGAAACAGGUCUGCUUUGUUCUUAGUCCAAAGCAGUCCUAUCAGUUAUGUGUUAGUUUACCGACUCUGCAAAUCCCAGUUCUCAGCUUCUUCAUAUGUGAUGCCAAGUGCUACUUAUCACAUCAUAGUUCUGCAGUGAACAGCCAUAGGUUAUUAUAGCAUAGUGAUCUUCAAGAACAGUAACCUUUAGAUCUCUUCUCGUUAAUGACCGUAAUUGUCUCUGCUUCUUUGAAGUUUUACGGUGUUAGUGCUUUGAUCUUGCGAUCUGAUUAUUUGAAAAUCCAUAAGUUUAUUGGUAGAGGAAUUUCUCACUCUUGCUGAUCAUCCUAUUCUCUGCUACGAUUUUACAGUCUUUAGGUCAAACUCCACUGAUUGAUCUUCUUUAUCUUAGCCUCUGUUUCUGAUUUAUUCUUUUCCCAGAUAAACCUCCCUGGAACUCUGAUCAUCUAUGUGUUCAUUUCAAAUAUCAUUUUUAACUUAAAAUCAUGAUCUUAUAGUGCUUGUAGUAUAAUUAGAAUCUGCAACACUAAAAGCUUUUAUGUAUGUGAUGUGUUUUCGAUUUAGUUUAUAUGGGUCUGGUCAUUCACGCAUACUAGGUUGCCACUCUAGGAUUUUAGCAUUUGAACCCGCAACACUAAAAAAAUUUCUGAUUAUGCUAAUGUUUGCGGUCUAAUCACUUCGGCUGCCAUUUAUCUGACGAGCCUCGGUGUCCACAACACACUAGGUUAUCAGAAACCUGCAACACUAAAAGCUUUUCUGAUUCUGCUAGCAUUUUUGGUCUGAUUUACUUCGGGCUGGGAUUUAUCCGGUAAAGCUGGGGUUCCACAACAUAAUCUAGGUUGUCAAAAACCUGCAACACAAAGCUUUUUUGAUUCUGCUAGUGUUUGCGGUCUGAUCACUUCAGGCUGCCAUUUAUCCGAUAAACCUGGGGUUCCACAACAUACUAGGUUGUCAGAAACCAGCCACAAUUUAGUUUUUGCGGUUUGAUGAUUUCUUCGACAUGCCUGAAUGGUACCUAGCCAUUAUCGACGUCUAUUGAAUGGUAUCUAGCCAUAAAAUAUUCUGCGAUAUCCGCUGGUACUAUAUUUGUCUCCUCUAACAAAAACUUGAUUUUUUCUAAUUAAAUAAAUGACGAUCAUCAAGAUCUGAGUAAUUCUUGGCAAGAAUCUUGAAGGCUUGAUAGGUGCAAUAUGUAAACUCAAUGUACAUAUUAACUCUUCCUCUCCAAAGCAAGACUGGGUUAGUUUUUUUAGGAACUGGUUGGUAGUGAUUACUAUGAUCAUUUCUUGCGUAUAAGCUGAACAAAGACCAUUGAUGAAGUGAUGAAGCCCAGAGAGAGCAAUCGAGUUUUCUGCGAGCCAUGUCCUUCAUUCCUUUCCACCAAGUAGCUAGAGAGCCAUCUAAGUCUUCUAUGACAAUAAUAGACUUCUUGCAUGUACUGGUGAGUAGCUUCAUCAAAUCUGAGUUAUUCUGUAUAGCUGCGUUUGGGUUCAAAGAUACUAUAGUUGAGAAGAUUAGCCAUGGCUGCAAUCAUUGUUGGACUUACAGGUCCCAGGUGGUCCAUUAAGAAAGUAACCUCUCUUCCAAGUUUUUCCAAUCUUCUUGUAAUAUUCCUUGGCAUUACUGAAGGCAACAACAUCAUCAAUGAUGUAUUGUUUCUUCUAUGUAUCCAUAGCUAAUAUCUGGACACUUGCUGGGUGCUCAAACUCACUAAAUCUUCCACCAUUUGGAACCCUCAUACUCUUUGCUGACACUCCGCGCUGGCUAGGUUGUCACUGUAGGUUUGUAGCAUUAAACCCUUUUGCUCUUAUCACUUCAGGGUGGAAUUUAGUUGACAAACCUGGGGUUCCAAAAUAUUAAGUUGUUUAUAAACCCACAACAAUUUUUUUGCUGUUUCUGGUUUAGCUUUGUUGCGGUUUGAAUAUUUUUCCGGCAAUCCUGAGCCUAACAUUCCCCGGGAUUUUUAAGCGGGUGUGUAGACAGUUUAUUCAUUCUUCGUCUGCGGACAGGUAUUUACGCAGUUCCUUUUUCGGGGUUUCAUGAAUGUGAUAUAGUUUAGUUGUAGGCAAUUGUAUAGUCUUGAGCAUUGUUUUGAUCAAAAGACCACUGAGGAUAAGUUUUGAUCCAUUUGGAAGGUUUUGUA